UUAAAAUGCUCAUUGGCCAAGAUAUUACUGUAUUAUGAUCAUGAUUUUAUUAUCCAUAAGAAAAUAUAGCUUCUAAGCUUCAGAUCAUAUAAUAUAGCACUAUGUUUGUAAAUUGAAAGUUUGGCAAGAGAUCCCACAGUUCAUCUAAAAUCUGGCUGGUAUUUGGAUGGGAAACUCCCAAGUCCAGUUUCAAGUAUUUUGCAGUAUUGUGGCGUCUGAAGGCUGAAGCUGCCGCGAAACUAUGGCCGCUAUGCCAAACUCAUGGCGACUGACUUUUUAGCUGCCAGAAACCAUUUGCGGGUAAAAUUUUGCUGCCUUAACCACGGCAGGUAGGCCCACUACUGCACUAGGCCGUAAAGACAGGGCUGCCCUGAUAGUGACAAAUAUUGGGUAAGUUGGAACAUUUUUUUAUGGAUACAGUUUUACAUGUAUUUGGGGUUAGGUUUCAGGUAUAAAUAGUCUAUUUAUCUAUUUAAAAUAGAUAUAUUUCCGCAUGAUGAAUUAAAAUCUGGUAUAUAACUUUGUGAAUAUACGGGCAAUAGUGCAUAAAUCAUGGCAAGAGCCGCCGCAGUACGUUCGUGGCAGGAGCUGCCAUGAAGUGGUAAGAACUGCAUUAGGGUGAACUCAGAAAUGCAGCAUUCACUACUGCGGAGCUUUGUGAUGCAAUAGUCUAUGUUUAAAUUUUUUCACAUGUUAAUUUUAGUUGAACGACCUUCCCCCAUCCAGUUAGUCCCAUUAUCAUUAUUUCUGAUAUGGCAAAUUUAUUAAUGGGGUAAUCCAUUUGAGGUAAGUGGAAGCGUGUAUCUUUUUUUUCGGUUUUCAUUACUUAUUCGAUUAUUCGUAUAUCUGUUUUAUUGCGACUGAAAAUCGGAAUAAACUCUCUAAAUUGUACCUAUAUUUUAUUUGUAUACAAAUAGUUUGUUAUUACCAGAUUACUGUAUUAGCUAAAUCUAAGAGUGAGAUGCUGGAUUUAAAUGUUCUCCCUGAAAGAUCUCUUGGAAAUGAACAAUGGAGUUUUGCACUUGGAAUGCCAUUAUCACAGAUUGUACAAAUUUUACAAACACAUUGUCGAGUCAUAAAAAGUGUGGAAGUCAUUUAUCAAGAGAAACGUCCAAUCGAAUCUGAUCUGGUGUUGAACCUGAAUAGUGAUGGAAUAAAACUUGUUUUUGACUCUACUGCACAACGAUUAAAAGUGAUUGAAGUUUUUAACAUGUCAAAAGUUAAACUUAAAUACUGUGGAAAUUAUUUUAAUUCUCCACAAAAUAAACCAACCCCGGAACAGAUUGAACAAGCAUUUGGCGCUACUCGACCAGGGCAAUAUGAUGCAAGUUUGCAAUCGUACAUUGUAAGCUUCAGAGGUCUUACUUUUUUCUUUCCAGUCGAUGCUCAAUUUGAAAACUUCUUCGCUAAGCAUUCGUUAUCAAGUGCCACAUCAAGUUUGCCCACAGAUUUUAUUCCUGCUGUAUCAAGAAUGUGCAUUUAUGCUGGGAGCCAACUGAAUGAAACGACUGCACCAGCAAUGCCAUUGUCUUGUUAUCAUGGAAAUCUAUAUCUUGAUUCGGCUGAAGUUUCUUUCAAAGAAAAUGGCAAAGAAUGUGAUGGACUAGAUCUGAAACUAAUAACUGUUCCUGAUAAUAAAAAUGAAACUAUCAUUUUAGAAAAAUCAGUUAAAUUUGGUGAUAGUGUUCAGCAAGUUCUUGCAAUAUUAGGAUCUCCAUGCAAAAUUUUUUACAAGCUUCAAGAUAAAAUGAAAAUACAUUCUGCAAGUCCACGUAAAUUGAAUGAAACUCGCCACACAGAUUAUUUUUAUAAUUAUUUUACUCUUGGAAUCGACAUAUUAUUUGAUGGCAAGUUUCAUCAAGUGAAAAAAUUUCUUCUGCACACAAAUUUUCCUGGACAUUACAAUUUUAAUAUUUACUAUCGAUGUGAUUUCAAAAUUAAGCUUCUUGGAGAGGAAAACUGUGUUGACGUUACUCCAUGUACACUUUGGAAUGCUGUAAUUGGCCAAUUGCCUUUUGAUGUUGGCAAACCAGUUGUUCUGAAUAGAGCAUCGUCAACAAAUAACACUAACCCCUUUGGAUCAAAUUUUUGUUUUGGAUUAAGAAAUAUGAUUUUUGAGGUUAUGUCGAAUAAUCAUAUUGCAUCUGUUACUUUGUAUAAUCCGCAAAAACAGUUGAAAUAACUUUUCAAAAAUAAGAUAUUACUAGGCAACAGUAUUUGAAUGCUUGGUGACUUCAAUAUUUGCUCUAAUCAUUGUGCUGUCUAUGUUUAUGUGUGUUCAAAAUUUAAAAGUUUGAUUUGUUUACAUAUCAAAAAUUUAUAUAUUAUCAUAUUCUAGACAUAAAAAAUGAAAUAAUUAUUCUGAAUGUUUUGAAAAAUGUUGAUAAUACUGGAGAAUUGUAAAUUUUUUUUGAUCUGUUACAAGCUUUAAUUGGAAAUUUUAGUUUUUGCUUAUAACAGAUUACUUCCUGAGUAAAGCCAUUGGUUCAUAACUAGUUGGGAUAUAUAGCUAGCUGGUUUGCAAAAUUACCUGAUGUUCUAAAUUCUGUUGGGUUUUCUUUGUUGUUUUAGACUGUGUAUGUUUUUUCCAUAAUGAAAUAGAAUAAAUAGAAGAUAUGGUAAAUAAUAACUGUGUAAAUAAUUCUGAAUCAUCUUUAUUAGUUUGUUAAUGGUGCAAACAGUAAAACAUUCAUUAAUAAAAGCAGGCUUUUAAAUUGUUUACUUUCCAUUUGAG